AUGGUUAGAUUCUUGUGCAUCUAUUCUGCCAUUCUCUAUCACAAGUCAAUGAAAAUCGUUUACAUAUCUAACGGAGCAAUUCAUAAAUCUUUGGAACAAGUUAAAACCCUAAACCACAUGGAAACCGAAAAAAUUGCCGAAACAACAGGACAUAUAAGAAAAAGUGUGUCCCUCGGGAGUGACCUCAUAGACUAUGAUGGAAGAACAUCUGCCGAUGAAUACCCCAUGGAUUCCGAGUACACGAGCUCCCACAAUACUGAAUCCAUAAUUGAGUUCACAGAUAAAGAUGAUAAAGAUCCCGAAAACCAAAAAUCCAAUUCACUUCAAGUAAGUUCUAAUCUUGUUAAUCAAGAAUCAGUAUCUUCCGGAUACCAACAAUCCCAUGAAGAAAUCUCGGAAAACGAGUCGCGAUUUUACCAAGAUUUUCCACAACAGUUGGUUAAAUCGAACUCGUUACCGUUUCUUGAAAGUUCAUUGUCUAAAUUGGUCGAUCAAUCUCAAUCUACCGAUGACUUAAAAGCUUUAGAAAGAGUCGAAACUGAAAAAAACACUACGGAUGAUAGUUCGGAUUCAUGUAACCAUGUGGGGUCCGCUAAAGAUUGGAUAGUCCCGGGGGUUGAUGAAUCGGGUAAAGAGAAAAAAAUUCAAGAAGAUUAUACGAGUCGCAGUUGGGACCGAUUGGCGAAUAGGGAUUUUAAAGUUAAACGGAUUGAGAAAUGGGUUAUGGAUCUUCAUUCUACUCCGGUCAAUGAAGUCAACAAGCCCAUGAAUCUUGAUAACCGGAGGAAAAACGCUCGAACCGCUAUUUUGGAUUGUCAAGCCACUUCGAGAACGGGGACCAAAGGUGUUCGGGGCAUGGAUGCUGCAAAAAGUUAUAUUUCUUCAUUGAGCGGCUCAUCAUCGACUGCUCAUUUGGCUAACCAUGGUUUGGUUACAAUACCGUUUUUGAGCGCGUAUACAAGCAUGAAGGAGCUUAAUUUAUCGGGAAACACCAUAGUUAGGAUAACGGCAGGCAUUCUUCCAAAAGGACUCCAUAUUCUCAACUUAUCAAAAAACAAUAUUUCUGUUAUUGAAGGGCUACGGGAACUUACUCGAAUUCGUGCACUUGAUCUGAGUUACAACCGUAUACUUCGAAUAGGACAUGGUCUAGCAGCUUGUUCAUCAUUAAAAGAACUAUACUUAGCCGGAAACAAAAUAAACGAGGUCGAGGGUCUCCACCGUCUCUUAAAACUAAAAGUCUUGGAUCUUCGUUUCAACAAGUUGUCCACCACAAAGAGCCUAGGCCAGCUCGCAGCUAAUUAUAACUCAUUACAAGCCAUUGGGCUUGAGGGUAACCCGACCCAAAAAAACGUAGGCGAUGAACACCUCAAAAAGUAUCUAACCGGGCUUCUCCCACAUUUAGCUUACUACAAUCGACAGUCCAUCAAACCGGGCUCUUUAAAAGAUCCGGUCAACCGGGCUAGCCAACUUGGCCCGUUGGACCGUGGGAUGCGGAAGUCAACUCAUUGCCGGAAAAGUCAAACCGCAAGUUCACAUGGCCGACAUGUUCGUUUGCCACCGAGUGGGAUGAAGACGGUGAAUGUAAGGCAUAAUUUUCAUGAUCUGAGUAAUAAACGUAUGACCGUUGGAGCGAAGAAUGUCAUUCGAAGAACACGAAGCGAAGGAAUUUUACUUAGAGCAGCUUAG